AUGCGAUUCAAUCACUUCAUUGCCUCUGUGGCCUUCCUACCUGGGUUAUUCGUUUCAGCGACUCUCAAACCCAACAAAUGCGUUGAACAUCGAUCCCUUUCUGGGGAAUUUGUCGAAGGACCUGCAGAAAUGAGCGCGGAUCCUCUUGUUCAGUUCGAUGCCCCUAUGGUCACCGUUUUCAACAGCACCAUCAGCGAAAAUUGGUCUUUUGACGCCACUUCCCAUGACGGCAAGGCCAGCAUUGUCGUUUAUGUCACCAGAGGUACUGUUGCCGGCAAAGUCGGCGCGCAACGCGGCUUGAUCUCUGUGUCUUGGGCCAACGGAACUCGCUACAUGGAAAAUGCAUUUGUUGAAUUGUCAACCGUGACUACUUGUCCGAAGUCUACAUCUGGGCUCUGGACAAGCCAAGCCAGAAACAUCACAUGGGGCUUCACCGCGUCUACCGACUUCAAACAUUCUCUCUUCACCAUCAAAUCGCCCACCAUCAAUGGCACAUUUAAACUCAAUUCCCGGGGCCCUGCUAUCUACCCCGGGGGCUUAGUGUAUCCGAAUGCCAACGCCAGUGUCAUGUUGGCCCCGGAGAUGUACUGGCAAGAACAAUUCCCCGUCGCCGAUGCCGAGGUGAACUUGGACAUUCGCGGCACACCUUUCAUCAUGUCUGGCGUCGGUGGGCGGGACAAGAAUUGGAAUUCUCGCCCUUGGGCAGUAAUCAGUGGCAACUGGGACAUGGCGAGAACGAUUGUUGGUCCAUACGGCUUGAUGUUUUGGAACUACACAUCAGCCAUAGACGGGCGGUCCUAUUUCAGCGCUACUCUGAUGAAGGACAACAAAGUCAUAUUCCGCACUUCAAAUGAACAGUCUUUGUGCUCAGAAACCUACGGCAGCGUCAAGCUUACCUACGGUGGCUCUGUCCAUCUGUCCUCCGCUCCAGGAACCUCGUCUCCGUUGCCCAAAUCGCGCCACACUGGAUACCUCAUUGAUUUGGCGUCCCCUGAGACGGGCGAACAUUGGCGCUUCAAGCUUGAUUUCUCCCAGACGACAUUCUGGUUUUCAGCGAGUGAGACCUUGAACGUGGGUCAAUUCGCUGGAAAAGUCUCCGGUGGUUUGGUGGGUGGGAAGAAAUUCAAGGGAGUAGCGUCUGGAUCAGUGCAAGAGUACGUUCUCUCUGGACGACGUGACAUAUCAGAUCUGCCAGCUGCUUAA